AUGAGAAGGCAGAGCGCUGGAUGCAGUGGCAUGUGGAUACCCAAACCGGGCCGAGGUUGCACUGACGAGCGAAGAAGCGAAAGCUCCAGAAUCCCUCGCCUUUGCUUUCUCCGCCGACCUUCAGAUUCUCGCUUCGGCCACCCUGCUUAGAUCGGGGAGGAUCGACAAACGGAAGGCUGGCGUCCGCAAUGGCUCCUGAGAUGCAGACUUGGAGUUUCCCCGACGGUAACGUAGCCAGUAUCGUCGAAGACAGGCAGAUCGGGUCGCGCCAGGAUAUGAAGAGGAGGUUGAAAGAACAUUCAUCUCUAAUACAAAGGCUAAUCUUAGACACAGAAAUGGAGGGCCAUCAGGGUUGUGUCAAUGCCAUUGCAUGGAACGCCAAAGGCUCACUUUUAAUAUCUGGUUCAGAUGACACUAGAAUCAAUAUAUGGAGUUACAAUGACAGGGGGCUAUUACAUAGUAUUGAAACAGGUCACAAUGCAAAUAUAUUUUGUACAAAGUUUGUUCCAGAGACAUCUGAUGAACUAGUUGUAUCAGGUGCAGGUGAUGCUGAGGUACGGAUUUUCAGUUUAUCUCAUUCAAACAGUAGGUCUGCGGAAGCUCCCUUAGAACCAGUAGCAUCUUACAAGUGCCACACUAGGAGGGUCAAGAAGCUAGCUGUCGAACCUGGAAAUCCCAAUGUCAUAUGGAGUGCUAGUGAAGAUGGUACUUUGAGACAACAUGACUUGCGUGAAGUUUCUUCUUGUCCUUCUGGUUCUUCAAAUCAUGAAUGUCAUAAUGUGCUUCUUGAUCUACGACGAGGAUCAAAGAAAUCAUUAGCUGAUCCUCCUAAAUAUUGUUUGCCACUAAAAUCUUGUGACAUUAGUCCCACUCGUCCCCAUCAGCUUCUUGUGGGUGGCAGUGAUGCUUUUGCUCGUUUGUAUGAUAGAAGAAUGCUUUCUUCCUUGAGCUCUUCUCAAAUGAAAAUGAAGCCACCACCUUGUGUUAACUAUUUUUGUCCACUACAUCUCUCUGAGCAUAAAAAGUCAAGCUUGCAUUUGACGCAUGUAACAUUUAGUCCAAAUGGAGAAGAGGUACUUUUGAGCUACAGUGGGGAACAUGUUUACUUGAUGGACGUUAAAUGUGACGAUGAUAGCACCAUGAGGUAUACUGCUGCUGAUGUUCCAAAAUAUUUAUAUUUAGCUCCUGGAUUUGAAGAAUUAAAGUUGACGUCUUCACCAGCAUGCUGCUCAUAUCGAAUGAUGCAUCGGCUUGACCUGUACAAGAAUUUGGUUCAAACAGCUGCAAAUAUAUUGGAGGAGAACUCAAACCUUUAUUUGGGUAUUGAAGCAUGCAAUGAAGUAUUAGAUGGGAAAGGUCCAGAUGUUGGUGUUUCUCUUAGAUAUGAGUGUUUGUGUAUUCGAGCAGCAUUGCUUCUUAAGAUGAAGUGGAAGAAUGAUGUUUACAUGGCAAUAAGGGAUUGCAGAAGUGCUCUGAGAAUAAAUCCUUCGUCUUUCAAGGCACAUUUUUACAUGGCAGAAGCACUAAUGCAGCUAGGGAAACUAAAAGAAGCUUUUGAGUUUGCAAAAAUGGCAGUUAAUUUAGCUCCAUCAAACUGCGAGGCUGCAGAUAUGGUUGCAACAAUAAAAAUUCAUCUUGCUGCAGCUGAAGCUGAGAAAGGCAAAAAAGAUACUGAAGAAACUGCUAGAAGUGAAAUAAGGCAUGGAAGGUUAAGAUCAUUAAGUGAUGUGCUCUUUCGAGCAGAACUGAAUAACACACACUUGGAGUCUCGUUACGAAAGAGAACAUUCUGAUUAUGAGGAAGAGAUGGAACUAGAUUUUGAAACAGCAAUAUCAGGUGAUGAGGUUCGUGAGACUGACUCUAACAUCCUGCGAGGCAGUUUGAACUUGAGAUUUCGAAGAGAUGAUUCUACUAGAGAAAGUUUUAUUAAUGGUUCAGAAGGAUUGCCCUCGCCAUCAUCUCAAACUGAAUGCCUUAUUUAUCAGCCUGAAAUUACAAUUGAUAUGAAAAGACGAUACAUAGGCCAUUGCAAUGUAGGGACAGAUAUAAAGCAAGCGAGCUUUCUUGGUGGACAAGGAGAAUUUGUUGCAAGUGGAAGUGAUGAUGGAAGAUGGUUUAUUUGGGAGAAAAAAUCAGGGAGGCUGGUCAAAAUGCUUGCUGGGGAUGAGUCUGUUGUCAACUGCAUACAGUGCCAUCCAUUUGAUUGUGCUAUCGCAACCAGUGGCAUUGACUACACAAUCAAAAUGUGGACACCACAUGCACUAGUCCCUUCGAUGGUUGCUGGAGGUGCAGCAGGACCAGAACCUGAUAUAUUCAGUGCUAUAGAAAUGAACCAACGAGAAAUAUGUCGCAGUCGUGAAGUUCUCCUGCCGCUGGAAUUUUUGGAGCGUAUAAGGAUGCACGAAUUGGCUGAAGGAACUUUGCAUCCUUUUGAAUGCGCUCAGAGCUGACUUAUUAUGGUCCAGCUUUCUCAGACACCUCGAAAGGCCAAUCUGAUGGUGCUGCACCAUGAGGCUUCUGGGGUUGGCAUUACGAACUGAACUGCGAUUAUCUACUUGUUCCAAAAACUGCUCUAAAGCUUGGAAUUCAAUUAAGGUGUUGUUGCUCUAUCCAUCCUCUGCUCUUUCUUCUUAAUUUCAUGAUAUUUUCUACACCCUUUUGUCUGAAGCUUCCGUACCCAAUGUCGUAAUGUGUAUAAAUCCUUGCAUAUUAUCGAAGGGUCCUUCUCCAGUAUGUUGCAACAUCUGCCCAAUAUUUGGGUAGUGCAUUACAUCUACUUAUAUGUACAUAUGUUUUAUUUUUAUAAAUAAAAUUAUUAUUAUUAUU